UCUAUAUCAACAACACUAUUGCCAACACUGCUAGAUUUUUGCAGCCCAAUUGACGUGUCACAUUUGUAAUUGAAUGAAAAGAAGUAUAUUGCUUUAAUUGGGCAAAGUAGACGAAAAGCCGAAGACUAGGACACGACACCUGAGGAACAGAGAUAGCGAUAGAGAAACAUAGUACAUUUUAUUCGAAGACAAUAAUUGCCAACAUGUUGACCAAUUUCGAGUCCAAGUCGGCUCGAGUAAAGGGUUUGUCGUUCCACCCGAAACGGCCAUGGAUCUUAACCAGCUUACAUAGUGGCGUCAUCCAAUUGUGGGACUAUCGUAUGCAUACACUGCUAGAAAAGUUCGAUGAACACGAUGGGCCGGUUCGGGGCGUAGCAUUUCAUCAGCAGAUGCCGCUAUUUGUAUCUGGCGGCGAUGACUAUAAAAUCAAGGUUUGGAAUUACAAGCAGCGUCGUUGUAUCUUCACCCUACUGGCACAUUUGGAUUAUGUCCGGACUGUAGCGUUCCAUCACGAGUAUCCAUGGAUACUGAGCGCCUCCGAUGAUCAGACAAUACGAAUUUGGAAUUGGCAGUCACGCAACUGCAUCUGUGUGCUGACUGGACAUAAUCAUUAUGUGAUGUGUGCCCAGUUUCAUCCUACAGAGGAUCAGAUUGUCUCGGCAUCAUUGGAUCAGACAGUACGAGUUUGGGACAUUUCCGGAUUGCGCAAAAAGAAUGUGGCUCCAGGUCCUGGCGGCUUGGAUGAUCAUUUGAAGGGUCAUCCAGGAGCUACUGAUCUCUUUGGGCAGGCGGACGCUGUUGUCAAACAUGUUCUCGAGGGCCAUGAUCGUGGUGUAAACUGGGCCAGUUUCCAUCCCACUUUACCCCUGAUUGUGUCGGGUGCCGAUGAUCGCCUGGUUAAACUGUGGCGGAUGAAUGAAUACAAGGCAUGGGAGGUUGAUACCUGCCGCGGCCACUACAACAAUGUGUCUAGUGUGCUAUUCCAUCCCCGUCAAGAUCUGAUUAUUUCCAAUGGCGAGGAUCGUAGUAUUCGCGUCUGGGAUAUGACCAAACGUCAGUGUCUAUUCACAUUCCGUCGAGAUAAUGAGCGUUUCUGGAUUCUGACAGCCCAUCCUACUCUCAACCUGUUCGCUGCUGGUCAUGAUGGAGGAAUGGUUGUCUUUAAAUUGGAACGAGAGCGCCCCGCGUAUGCCGUCCAUGGCAACAUGCUGUACUAUGUUAAGGAUCGAUUCCUUCGCAAAUUAGAUUUUACCACAACCAAGGACACGGUUGUGAUGCAGCUGCGUCCAGGCAAGUCACCGGUCUACAGCAUGUCCUACAAUCCAGCUCUAAACGCCGUUUUAAUAUGCACACGUACUAACAAUCUGGAGAACAGCACCUACGAUCUCUGCCAGAUACCCAAGGAUACCGAUAGUCAAACUGAAUCGGACAGUAAGCGUAGCUCUGGCAUUACGGCAAUCUGGGUUGCCCGUAAUCGUUUUGCUGUGCUUGACCGCAAUCAGCAGCUGGUUAUCAAGAACUUUAAAAACGAGGUGACCAAGAAGAUACCAACCUUCUGUGAGGAAAUCUUCUAUGCAGGCACCGGCAUGCUACUCAUUCGCGAUCCUGAGUUUGUUACCCUCUACGAAGUGCAGCGCCUGGUCUCGGUGGGCAGCAUCAAAUUGGCCAAAUGCCGCUAUGUGGUCUGGUCGCCAGAUAUGUCGCUGGUUGCGCUGCUCUGCAAGCAUUCGGUGACGAUUUGUGACCGCCGCCUGCAGUAUCUGUGUACGGUUCAAGAAAAUUGCCGGGUCAAGUCGGGAGCAUGGGAUGAGUCGGGCGUAUUUAUCUAUACAACAAGCAACCACAUUAAAUAUGCCAUUACCAAUGGUGAUCACGGCAUCAUUCGCACCUUGGAUUUGCCCAUUUACUUAACACGAGUUAAGGGAACUCAGGUGUUCUGUUUGGAUCGCGAGUGCCGCACCCGCGUGUUGCAUAUCGACCCCACGGAAUACAAGUUCAAGUUAGCCCUGAUUCAACGUAAAUAUGAUGAGGUUCUUCACAUGGUGCGUAAUGCGCGUUUGGUUGGCCAAAGUAUUAUUGCCUAUCUGCAGCAGAAGGGUUAUCCAGAGGUGGCAUUGCAUUUCGUUAAAGACGAAAAAACGCGAUUCGGAUUGGCGCUGGAGUGCGGCAACAUUGAGAUUGCCCUGGAAGCUGCCAAAGCCCUGGAUGACAAGAAUUGCUGGGACCGUCUGGGACAGGCUGGCUUGUUGCAGGGCAAUCACCAGGUGGUCGAAAUGUGCUACCAGCGCACCAAGAACUUUGACAAGCUAAGCUUUCUCUAUCUAAUUACUGGCAAUCUAGAAAAGCUUAAGAAGAUGAACAAGAUUGCCGAGAUCCGAAAGGAUGUGUCGGCCCAAUAUCAGGGAGCCCUGUUGCUUGGCGAUGUCCGCGAGCGUGUUAACAUUCUCAAGAACUGUGGACAACUCUCCUUGGCCUAUCUGACGGCAGCCACUCACGGUCUAGAGGAGCUAACCGAGUCGCUAGGCACAGCCAUUACCGACCAGGGGCAUAGCUUGCCCGAAGUAAACGACAAUGCGCAAUUGCUUCAGCCGCCAGUGCCCAUUCAACAGCUGGAAACGAACUGGCCACUGCUGUCUGUAUCCAAGGGCUUCUUCGAAGGCGCCAUGGUCACCCGCGCAGGCACCAGUGCCACAGCCCGUCAAGCCCUCAAUAUAAAUGCCGAUGCCGCUGUAUUGGAUGAGCACAAUGGAGGCGGCGAUGGCUGGGGAGCCGACGCUGAUUUGGGUUUGGAUGAAGACGGCGAUGACGAAAUGCAUGACGCUCUCAGCACCGACGAUCCACAGGGCGGUGGUGGUGAAGAUGGCGCCGGCUGGGAUGUGGGCGACGACGACUUAGUGGUGCCAGAAGAGUUGGCAUCCAAGAUAAAAGCCUCUGCUCUGGACAGUAAUUACUAUGCAGCGCCAAACAAGGGAUUGUCGCCGGCACAGCAAUGGGCCAACAAUUCACCUUUGGUUUUGGAUCACAUCAAGGCUGGCUCUUUUGAAAGCGCCUUCCGGUUGCUCAACGACCAGUUGGGCGUGGUCAAUUUUAAGCCAUUCAAGACCCUCUUCCUGCAUAGCUACGCCUGCUCGCGCACUAGCUACACAGCCAAUCCGAAUCUGGAAUCACUUUCCGGCUACCCGCUACGUAACUUUGGGGAGACCAAUGUAAAGCUUCAGCGCCCGGCACUGGGUAUUAAACUUAAUGAUCUGGUGGCCCGUCUGCAGGCUGGCUAUCAGUUGACCACAUCUGGCAAAUUCACUGAGGCCAUUGAAAAGUUCCAUUCCAUAUUGAUCAGUAUACCGCUUUUAGUGGUGGAAACCAAGCUGGAUACCGCCGAGGCUCAACAGCUGCUCAAGAUCUGUUCAGAAUAUAUUGUGGGUCUUAAAAUGGAAACCGACCGAAAGGGCAUGCCCAAAUCUACCCUGGAGGAGCAGAAGCGCAUCUGCGAAAUGGCCGCCUAUUUCACCCAUUGUAAACUGCAGCCUGUUCACCAAAUUCUUACCCUGCGCACUGCCCUCAAUAUGUUCUUCAAACUGAAGAACUACAAGACGGCUGCAUCAUUUGCCCGUCGUCUGCUGGAGCUGGCCCCUAGACCGGACGUAGCGCAACAAGUGCGUAAAAUUCUACAAGCGUGCGAAGUGAAUCCCAUAGAUGAGCACCAGCUGCAGUACGAAGAGUUCAACCCAUUCAAUAUCUGUGGCAUUAGUUGGAAGCCGAUUUAUCGUGGCAAGCCCGAGGUGACGUGUCCCUUCUGUGGAUCCUCAUAUGAGCCACAGUACAAGGGCCGUCUAUGCACGGUAUGUGAGGUAAGCCAGAUCGGUAAGGAUUGCAUCGGUUUGCGUAUUUCCAAUCUGCAAUUCCGCUAAGCGGACAAACGCUCUUGAUAUUGACUUGCGUUCUACUGUCCCCUCUUCUCCCGCCAAGCGACGAGUCCCCUUAUAUACGCAAAUUUAACUUUUAGCCUUUAGAAUUACGCCUCUAAGCAUAUGGCAUACACAUUAUUAUAUCUAUAAACGUUAAUAAACUUUAUACAACAUCUACAUUAA